UACUCUUUUCUCUCUCUCUCUCUCUCUCUUUCAAAGGUUAAGUGGGCUGUCUGUAGAAAUGGUGGAUGUUGAAAGAGUCUGUUGUAUGUGUGGUGACGUUGGUUUCCCUGACAAGAUCUUCCGCUGUAUCAAGUGUCAUCACCGCUUCCAACACUCGUAUUGUAGCAACUACUAUAGCGAAUCAUCGGAUCCGCCAGAGCUAUGUGAUUGGUGCCAAACCGAGGUGAGUCGAACCACCAAACACGCUGGUUCUUCGAAGAAACCAAGCUCAAAAUCCGACGCCGGAGCCAGUAACCAGUUAGAAUAUUCCGGUGACAAGAUCAAGCAGCAUGAUCGUGAAGAGGGUUUUGAAAAAGGCAAGUCAUCGUCAUCCACUGGAGCUCCAUCUCCAAAGACCAGUACUCGAAGGUACAAGCUCCUCAAAGAUGUCAUGUGUUAACUAAAUAUUGGGGUUUGGUACCAAAGGUGAGACCUUUAUGGAUCGAGUUUAAUGUUUCCAGACUGUAAUUCUUUGUUUGACUAGCUUGGGGGUAAAAUGGGAACAAAAUAUUGUCUAUAUAGAAUGAAGAUGGGGUGGUGGGGGUGGUGAAAACAAAGCGUUUUCACUGUUCUUUUUUGCUUUUGUGAUAUAUGUUUUUGGACCUCCAUGACUUUGUUUCAUAAAUAAAAGCUACAUAAGCUUUCUGAUCU